UGGAGGAGCAGAGAGCCGAGAGAAGGAGGAGUAAAGAGGAGGCCCUGCAGUGGCAAAGAGAAAAGAGCAAAAUGCUGGAACUGUUCUCCACCAGGCUGGAUGUCCUGCACAGCCACCAGGCCUCCACACUGCAGGAGCUGCAAAUGGCCAGACAGGAAGUAGGGAAAGUCCAAGAAAUGUUGACGGCAUCAUCGCAGGAGCAGCAGGAAGUCGCUGAAGAAAGUGAAAGCUCAGAGAACAAAGGAUUUCCAGAUCAACAACAGACUUUGGCCUGCAAUGAGUCAGAUCAGCCACUGGAGGGGCUAAAGCCCGUCUGGAGGAGCUGAAAGAGAGUCUGUACCAGAGGGAGAGAGAGAUCACUGAGCUGCUGGAGGCAGAAAAGAGUCCCAUUCCUCCCAUACCUCAGCCGCCUUGCAGCAUUCUACUUCCCAACGUUAUA